CGCCGGCGUCCGUGAGCUUGAGGCCGGGGGGCGGCGGACUUGGCGGAGGGCUUUCGCUGCGCCCGGGAGGAGGCAAGCCGUCGGGGCUCUACGUGCGUCCGGGUGCAGAUGGCUCGAGCGCGCAGGACGAUGGUCCCAAGGGGCCGCGAGUCAAGUAUUCGAGGGACGAGCUGCUGGCGUACCGUGAGAAGUGCGCAGACAUUCCCCCCGAGAUUCUGAACACGGGCGGCGACAUCAUCGCGUCGUCCGCAGGGCGCGCCUCGUCCGCCGCGGCGGAGCCCGACUGGUCGUCGCGCAGGAGCGCGCCGCCGCCCUCGCAGCCGGCAGGCCAGCAGGCGCGCGCACCCGAGGCUCCGGACAACCGCGACUGGCGCGCGCGGCAAUCGCUCCCCCCGCAGGAGGAGCGCGAGCGCGGCCGCGGCGGCGGAGGCGGACGGGGAGGCGGAGGCGGGCGGGGCGGCGGAGAGCGGGAUUGGCAGAGCCGCGGGGAUCAGCAGGGGGGGCAGCAGCAGCAACAGCAACAGCAGGGACAGGCUGGGAAUGCGGACGGCCCUGCGGUGCCGAUAGUGAAGGCGGCCAAUCCGUGGAUGCCACGUCGUGGCGCCGUGGACGAGAAGGAGAAGGUUCUGCGAACUGUCAAGGGUAUCCUGAACAAGCUCACGCCCGAGAAAUUCGACGUGCUGCUGCAGCAGAUGCUCGAGUCGGGUAUCACCUCCGCGGAGCGACUGCAGGAGGUGAUCUCGCUCAUCUUUGACAAGGCAGUGGACGAGCCCACGUUCUGCCCCAUGUACGCGGAGCUCUGCGACAAGCUCUCCCACGCGCUGCCGCAGUUCCCGGGACCGGAAGGGUCGGAUAAGCCCAUCACUUUCAGGCGCAUCCUACUCAAUACCUGCCAGGAGGAGUUUGAGCAGGCGCUGAAGCUGAGGCAGGAGCUCAAGGGAUUGACCAAGGCUGAGCAGGCGGAGGAGAGGGAGGACGUGCAGCGGCGGGUGAAGGCUCGCACGCAGGGGAACAUCCGGCUGAUCGGAGAGCUGUACAAGCAGAAGAUGAUUCCCGAGAAGAUUGUGCACGCGUGCGCCCAGGAGCUGCAAGGAGACAGCAAGACAGAGCCCCCAGAGGAGAACAUCGAAGCGCUCUGCCAGCUGCUGUCCACGGCAGGGAGAGGCAUGGAGGAGAAACCCGCCGGCAAGGCCAACCCGGUGCUCCUCAACGCCUACUUCGACCGCCUUAAAGCCCUCUCCAACUCCCCCACGCUGCCCUCUCGCAUCCGCUUCAUGUGCCGCGAUCUGGUCGACCUGCGGUCCAAUAAGUGGGUGCCACGUAGGAAGGAGCUCACUGCUAAGAAGCUGGAUCAGAUUCAUGCCGAAGCUGAGGCCACGCUCGGGCUGAGGAAGGGCGCUGCCUCGCUCAGGGUCGGCGCAGCCUCGGGAGCCAUGCCCGGAGGUCCGGGGAUGAUGUUCCCUCCCGGGCCUGGCUGGCCCGGAGGUCCGGGGAUGCCGGGCAUGCCCGGAGGCUUGGUGGGAGGUAUGGUGCCUCCUGUGGAUUUGGAUGGGUGGGAGACGGUUUCUAUUGGUCGGCGCGGGAAGAAGGAUACCGCCGGAGCUGCCGGGCAGGCUCGGCAGGGAGCUGCAGCUGCAGGUUCGGUACCGAUUAUGGGGCCAGGCAUGGGGCUCAAAAUGGGCCCAGGUAUGGGUCCGGGCAUGGGAGGUUCGUCGGCAUUCAUCGGCAAGCCGAGCGCUCUAAUUGGUGCCAAGCCUGCUCCGGAGGCUCAGCUGUGUAUGGAGGAGCUUGGCUCGCAGAAAUCCCACGAGGUUUCGUCCCGGUUCGUUGAAUUUGCCGCGAAUUUCGCCCUGGAGGGCGGCAAGGAGAAGGAGUGCGUGGAGGUGGGGCGGCUGCUCUCCCACCUGCACUCCAAGGGCGCGUUCGCACAGAGCGACAAGGGCGAGAGCGCGCUGACAGCUGGCAUGCUCUCAUUGGCCGAGCAGCUCGAUGACCUGGCGCUGGACGUGCCGCAGGCGCCGAGAUUCCUGGGCGAGUGGCUGGGCGGCUUUGUGGCGGCCGGGGCGGCGGAUUUCGGCUUACUCAAGUCUGUGUGCGAAAUGUCGUAUGAUGGCGGGAGGAGGCGGGCGGUGGUGGUGGCUGCUGUGAAGGCGAUUGAGGGGAGCGAGGCAGGGAAAGGGGAGGGGGUGGUGGAGGUGUUGAGGAAAGCAGGGGCGACGGGGCUUAGUAAGGUGGUGACAGAGGAGGGGAAGGAUGAGGCCGAGGCGAAGGGGCGGCUUGAAGAGGACUUGAAGAAGGCUGGGCUUGCUUUGGAGGUGCUGACCUUGUGA